CCCCUCCCCACCAAUGCGCGCGCGCGCGCGCCCCGGACCAAUUAGGCGGAGUUCAGUUAUUAAGGCGCAGAUCAAUGAGACUGAAGGCACAGCAGCGGGGAGAGAGCGAGCGGUCGCGCGCGCCGCCGUAGCGGAUUUACCCGCGCGGGACUCUUCGAACGCAGCAGCAGCAGCCAGCAGCAGCAGUAGCAGCAGUAGCAGCAUCAGCAACAGCAGCAGCAGUAGCAGCAGCAGCCACCUCUUCCUGCACACCUGGGAUUGUGACACGCGGCGGACCCCACCUUCUCCUCCACCUCCUACUCCUCCUCCUCCACCCCCCCCCACUCCACCUACUUCGAUAACUCAUAACUCUGACUGCUGCCCGGACAGCUGCACCCCACCCCCCACUCACCCAGCCACCCACCCACCGCCUCCUGGCCACCGUCGCUCUCGGCAGAGCGCGGCGCCGUGCAAGUGACCACGUCCCGCGCACCUGGAUUGCGGACCGCCGACUCCACCUCGUCCACCAUCUCCUCCUCCACCACGUACUCCACCUCCUCGUCUUUCUCAAACUAUUACCGCUAAGGGUGCCCACUAGCUUCCUCCGUCUCAUCCGACAACUCCUAUCAGCAAGGGUUUGUCCAAUCUCGUGAUUCGUACCGUUACUCCACCGUUCCGCUCUGUCGACGGCAGCGCACGUGGACCCGUUCCGCGACUACAUCAUCAACAGCAUCACCUCCUCCUCGUCGUCCACCAUCACCUCCUCUAUCACCUCCGCCGUCGCCACUCAAUCCGCCUGUGAUGCAUAUUCCCGUAGACGCGGGCGUCAGUCGUCGCUUUACGCCGCCGUCCACCGCCUUGCUGCAUGCCGCCCACCAUCACCACCAUCACCACCACCACCACCACGGCAGCAGCAGCAGCAGCAGCAAGAUGACCAGCGACGCUCCUCCUUUGAGCCACCAAGACGGAGCUCUGAUGGGCGUGAAGAUGCGCGGCGCUGGAGGCGGUGGUGGAGGCGGCGGUGGAGGCGGCGGUGGAGGCGGUGGUGGAGGUGGAGGUGGAGGCGGUGGAAUCGGAGGUGGAGCGCACGACCGGCCCAUGGGGGACGUGUUGGCUGAUCACCCGGGAGAGCUGGUGCGCACUGACAGCCCCAACUUCCUGUGCUCUGUGCUGCCCUCUCAUUGGCGCUGUAACAAGACGCUGCCCGUGGCCUUCAAGGUGGUGGCACUCGGCGACGUUCCGGACGGGACCCUGGUGGGAGUCAUGGCCGGGAACGAUGAGAAUUACUCGGCCGAGCUGCGCAACGCGUCUGCGGUCAUGAAGAAUCAAGUGGCGAGGUUUAACGACCUCCGCUUCGUGGGAAGGAGCGGCCGAGGUAAAAGCUUCACGCUGACCAUCACGGUGUUCACAAGCCCCCCACAAGUCGCCACCUACCACCGCGCCAUCAAGGUCACAGUGGACGGGCCUCGCGAGCCCAGACGACACAGACAGAGGCUGGAGGACCCCGUGAAGGCCGGCGCGGCAAUGUUCCCGGAACGUCUGUGCGAGUUGGAACAGUUCCGACGAUCGGGGAUGCGGGUACCCCCACACGCUGGAGGGGGGGCGCAUCCCGCGGCCCCCCGCGCCUCCCUGGGGGCUCACGCCGCCUUCAACGCGCAGCCUCAACCCCAGAUGCAGGCCUCCUCGGAGCUGGGCGCCUUCUCUGCGCCACCGCGCGUCUCCCUCGAGUCGCAGUUUGCCGCGGGCCUCUCCUCCCUCCCCGAGGGUCGCUUCGGGGACCCGCGCGUCCACUACCCGGGGGCCUUCGCCUACACCCCGGGGGGACCGGCCUCCUCGGCACUGGGCCUGGGCAUGUCACCCAUGGGCGGUGGGCCGGCUGCCUCGGCCGCGGUGGCAGCAGCCGCGGCCGCCGCGCGCUACCACGCGGCGGCCGCCGCCUCGUACCACCACCUCCCCCCGCCGUACCCGGGUUCGCAGCAGGGACAGGGGCAGGGCUCGGCGUUCCAGGCGGGCGCCCCAGCGCCCUUCCAGCAUCUCUACUACGGUGGCGCGCCGUCCACGAGCAGCUACCAGUUCCCGCCGCCUGUGAUGCAGCAGCAGCAGCAGUCCGGCGUGGGGGGCGAGGAGCGGCCACUCCCUGCGGGACCGCUGAUCAAUAACCCAGCGCUGCCCUCCACGCACCAGGACGCCGGGGUUCAUGACCCUGAGGGCAGCCAGGGCAGCUCGCCCACCAGCUUGUCGUCCGGCCGCCUGGAGGAGGCCGUGUGGAGGCCGUACUGACGCGGUGCUUCCGUCGCCACCACCGCCACCACCAUCAUCAUCAUCACCUGUGCCGCGCCACCGCGGGCACACCUCACCCCGCCUCCCCAUGGCCCCCUCCUUCCCCCUCCACAUAGCCCCCCCCCCCUACCCCCUCCCCAUGGUCCCCCCGACUCGCCUCUCCCUACGGCCCCCUUGUAGCAUAGAUCACGCGGACUCUCGAUUAAUGGAAUCGGCUAAUCAUCCAGCAGUGGAUUUAUAAAGAAGGGAUGUAAAUACGUCAUACGGAUUGGGCUCAAUUCACAUCGCCCCUGCAGCACGCUCGAGGCCGCUACAUUAAUACAUGGGGGGGCAGUUGUUGAAAUAUCUCACCGCUAAGAACCAGCCCCGAGCACCCCCCCCCUCCUCUCCUACCUCCCCACUCCCCAUAACCCAAUCCCUAACCCCACCCACCCCCCCCCCCAAAAUUGUACACUGCCAAACAAGGUUUCUUGUACUCACAGUGCCCCUCCCCCAACUGCCUUGCCCCCCGCUGUAUAUAAUUCCCCCCCCUCCCCCCAACUUCGCCUUCAUUCACCUCUCCCCGCUAAUGUAGAGACUCGCGCCACGUGAAUCCAUCUCGCCCCCCCCCCCACACACACUCCCUGCUGUUGCAGGAAUCGGUACGAUGAGGUUUAGUGGGCCCGUGCCCCCACCCCCCGCUAACCCCCAACCCCCCCCCCCCCCACCGCUCCCUUCCACGCACGCCACACGCGGUAGAUAUGCGGGGGUAGGGGAUGGAAGUCCCGUGAGGGAUUUUUGAUCCCCCGGUUGCAUUUCAACUGUUUCACUUCGGGUGACAGCGUUUUAUACAAUUCUGACCCCUCCCCAUCCUCCACUCCACGCUCGCAUCUCUCUCUCUCUCCACCUCCCCCGCCCCGCACCUCACCUACUUCCU